ACCUUGCGAAACUCUCACCUUCCAGUGUUGAAAAUCGUUGUAAUUUUCAAAGAUAAAGUAUGGCUCCACCAAGCUUUUCAGAUUUGGGAAAAUCAUCCAGAGAUAUAUUUGAUGAAGGCUUUAAUUAUGGAUUUACUAAGCUGGAAGCUAAAACAAAGACUGACAGUGGUGUCAACUUCACUGUGAGUGGUAAUUCUAGUACUGAUACUGGUAAAGUUAGUGGAAAAUUUGAAACCAAAUAUAAAUGGAACGAAUAUGGUUUAACAUUCACUGAAAAAUGGAACACUGAUAAUGUUCUUAAUACUCAAAUUACCAUUGAAGACCAACUUGCCAAAGGAUUAAAAUUGGCUUUUGAUACCUCAUUUGCCCCACAUACCGGAAAAAAGAGUGGUAAAAUAAAGAGUGGAUUUAAAAAUGAUAAUGUUAACUUGAACUGUGAUGUUGAUUUUGAUUUUGCCGGACCAACAAUUCAUGGUGCUGCUGUCUUGGGAUAUACAGGAUGGUUAGCUGGCUAUCAAAUGUCAUUUGAUACAUCCAAAUCUAAAUUAACAAAGAGUAAUUUUGCUGUAGGUUAUACAGCUGGAGAUUUUACACUUCACACCAGCAUCAAUGAUGGACAAGAGUUUGGAGGAUCUGUUUACCAAAGGGUAAAUAAAGAUCUGGAAACUGCAGUCAACUUAGCUUGGACUUCUGGAACAAAUGCUACCAAAUUUGGAUUGGGUGCCAAAUACACUCUGGAUAGAAAUUCUUCUAUAAAUGCUAAAGUGAACAAUUCAAGUCAAGUUGGAUUAGGCUUCACACACAAGUUAAAGGAUGGAAUCCAACUUACAGUUUCCAGUUUAAUAGAAGGUAAAAACAUCAAUGCUGGUGGCCACAAGAUUGGUUUAGGGCUAGAAUUUGAGGCUUAAUCUAACUACUCAAUAUAUAUACAGUGCUAUUGUAAAUUUUUAGCAGUGUUCAUAAAUUCUGUAAAUUUGAAUGAUUGUUGUUUAGAAGUAUUUGUCUUUGAUGAUUAGGAUUUGUUUUAUUUUAUCUCAUUCUCAAUGGAUCGUGUGAUAUGGCAGAUAGGUUAUGGUUUGUGAUAAAUUACUUGAAGAUCCAUAUAUAGUCAUAGAAAUUUUAAUUUGUGCAUGCUUUACAGCAUCUCUAGUUGUCCAUGCUGUUAUCACUGAUUUUGGGAAAAUUGAACUCAAGAAUAUAUUAUAUUUAAUCAAAUGUCUUGUCUACCUCUACAGUUCUAAUAUUAAUCAGUUGUUUAUUAUGGUAACUGAUGGUGUAAGUAGGAAAUCUGUUAAUACUAACAACCCUCAGACUCGGCAGGUAAAUAUCCCACUACAGUUAGGAAAGGGCCUAUGUUGUUCAACAGCUCCAAAUAUAAACAAACCAUAUGGAAAACAGCCGAAAGCAAUCAGCAAAUACUGGAGCGCUAUUUUUGGUGGUUGAUUUGAGAAUUGAAGAAUUGAAUAUAUGUAAAUAGUCUUCAGAAGUACUAGAAAUGUACACUAUUACUGAUUGGCUAAGCUGAAACAAAUUCCCGUUUUUGUCUCAUAAAAUAAAUGGCUUAUUUAAUUAGCUUUAAACAUAUUAAAAUAAAUAGUUCAGAUAUC